UUAGGUUGUACUUCGUAUUACAGUCAAAGGGUAAAGAAGUACUGUAAGUUGCAGGUCUCACAAGUAAUCCUUUCUCAUUUAGGAGAGCCAGAGGCAGGACUGACAGGAUGUCACCCAGUCUCCUGUUAGUGUUAAUCUCAGCCACCGCCGUGCAGCUUCUAACAGUAGAAGAAAAAGCAGAACAGUUUCUGAAUAAUUUCAACAUUGAAGCUCCUAAAUUAAACUACCAGUACUCAUUGGCAUCAUGGGAGUACAAUACAAAUAUCACUAAUGAAAAUGCAGAUAAAUUGAGUGAAAUGGGAGCCAUAUGGUCUGAGUUUUACAAUAUUGCAUCUGACAAUGCAACUGCUUUUAAUCUAAACGAAAUCUUGAAUUAUACCAUCAAACGACAACUACAAUUUCUUCAAGACAAAGGAUCAGGUGCCCUGCCCAAGGACAAAUUUGAAAAGCUCAAUAAAAUUCUGCAAGAGAUGAGCAAAAUCUACAGCACAGGAAAAGUGUGCAGAGGGGAAUCAUGUCUAACUCUAGAACCAGGUCUUGAAGACAUCAUGGCAAACAGCACUGAUUAUGAUGAACGUCUGGAAGUCUGGGAAGGUUGGCGGAGGGAAGUGGGAAAGAAGAUGCGUCCAUUGUAUGAAGAGUAUGUUGUCCUGAAAAACGAAGCUUCAAAGCUUAAUGGCUAUAAAGAUUAUGGAGACUACUGGAGAGGAGACUAUGAAACCGAAGGGGAUUCUCCUUAUGGCUACACUCGAGAUCAGCUUAGAGAAGAUGUCGGCAAAAUAUACAAAGAGAUACUUCCCCUAUACAAGCAACUGCAUGCAUAUGUGAGAGCUAAACUGAGUAAGGCUUACCCAGGACAUCUCAAUGACCGAGGGGGUCUUCCUGCUAAUUUACUUGGUGAUAUGUGGGGAAGAUUUUGGACAAACUUGUAUGGUUUAUCUAUACCCUUCAUUGGAAAGGAAGACAUAGAUGUGACUUCAGCCAUGGUUGGAAAAGGUUGGACCUAUGAAGAUAUGUUUGAAGCAGGAGAGACUUUCUUUGAAUCAGUGGGUCUUUUUAAUAUGACUGAGGAAUUUUGGAAUAAUUCAAUGCUUGAAAAACCAAAUAACCGAGAGGUUGUUUGCCACCCCACCGCCUGGGAUAUGGGAAAUGGUAAAGAUUUCAGGAUUAAAAUGUGUACUAAGGUGAACAUGGAUGACUUCCUCACAGUCCAUCAUGAAAUGGGUCAUAUUGAGUAUGACAUGGCUUACGCCCACCAACCCUUCUUGUUCAGAAAUGGUGCUAAUGAAGGGUUUCACGAGGCUGUAGGUGAAAUCAUGUCUUUGUCGGCUGCCACACCAAAACAUCUGAAGUCAUUGGGACUUCUCUCUGCUAAUUUUGUUGAAGAUCAUGAAAUCGACAUUAACUUCCUUAUGAAACAAGCCCUAACAAUAGUGAGCACACUCCCAUUCACCUACAUGCUUGAGGAAUGGCGGUGGCAGGUAUUUGAAGGUAAAAUCCCCAGGGACAGAUGGAUGAAGACAUGGUGGGAAAUGAAGAGAAACCUGGUUGGCGUAGCUGAGCCAGUACUACAUGAUGAAACCUACUGUGACCCACCUACAUUAUUCCAUGUGUCUAAUGACUAUUCCUUCAUUAGGUAUUUCACAAGAACUGUUUAUCAGUUCCAGUUCCAGAAAGCCUUGUGUAAGGAGGCAGAUCAUUCUGGGCCUCUUUAUAAGUGUGACAUUACCAAUUCAACUGCUGCUGGGUUAAAAUUAAAGAGCAUGCUUGAGCUAGGAAAAUCAAAACCAUGGACAGAAGCUCUGCAACGCAUAACUGGGGAAACAAGAAUGAAUGCAGCUGCCCUACUUGAUUAUUUCCGCCCCUUAGAAGACUGGCUGAAGGAAGAUAAUAAACAAAAUAAUCGAUAUAUAGGAUGGGACCCUCAAUGGACACCAUAUAAUGAUAUGUCCAUUAAAGUAAGGAUAAGCUUGAAACAAGCACUGGGGGAUGAAGCAUACGAAUGGGAUGAAAAUGAAAUGUAUUAUUUCAAAGCAACUGUGGCUUUUGCCAUGAGGAAGCUUUUUAAGGAUGACAAAGUAAAUUAUGUGGACUUUACGGAAAAUGAUGUUGAAGUCUUUCAUUACACGGCAAGAGUUUCUUUCCAUUUUUUGGUAAAAAAUCAGAGUAUGAUUGUUCCUAAAGAAUAUGUUGCCAAGGCAAUACGGCUGUCAAGACAUCGAUUUAACAGUGCUUUUCUGUUAGAUGACAAAACCUUGGAGUUUGUUGGGUAUCCUCCAACUUUAGCACCACCAGUCACUCAGCCUUUCACAAUAUGGCUUGUAGUGUUUGGAGUAGUUAUGGGAGUAACUGUGCUUACUUCAUUCUACCUAAUCAUCUCUGGAUAUCUGAACAGGAAAAAGAAAGCAAAGCAAGAUGAGGCCACAGAAAACCCUUAUGCAAACACGGAAAAUGGCAUAUCAAAUGGAUCUUUUAUCAAUGAAGACAGUGCUCUCACAGGACUUUAAAUGUAUUUUUACAAUUGCUUUAUUUUUUUCAAACAUAUGAAAUUAUUUUUCGAAAAAGUCCCCAGCGUUCUUAUAAAUACAAAUCAAAAUGUAAUAGCAGUCCUGAUAAACUGAUACCAUACUGUACUGCCACUGAUCUAAUAAAGUAGGACUUUAACUCAAAAAAGUCAAAAGGUCUUAUAAUUUCAAGCAAUAUUUGAGAUUAUUAAUUAAGCACAUUUUUUUAAGAAUUUUGUUUACAGCACAAUGAGGCCUCAAAUGUUUUUACAAAAUUACAAGUAAACAAAAUUAAACAAAGUAUGAUUUCACAGAUCUGUUUUGGUUUAAUUAAUUGAAAUCCUUCAGCAGCCAUUGAUAGGACAACUUUUUAAAGAUGCUCACGGUAUUUUAUUUGAUUUGUGCAACAAAUCAUCAAACUCUGAAAAAGAAGAUAUACAAGAGCUAAUGGGACUGGAUGUUUGACAUGGGUUGUGGUAACACUCCCUCCAUGACUAUCUAGUAGUUUGUCAUUUAAUCGCUCGUGGACACAACAAAACUUAUUCUCAUUUUCAUCAUUAGUUGUAUUCUUUGUAAUUGUGAAACAGCUAAUAGUCUGUUUAUCAUUCUCAUAAUAUUACAACAGUUAAAGUGAUAAACAAUUGUUAUCAACCCAAAAAGCUCGUCCAUCCUAUGUACAUAGAUUGUCCCAAAUAAUAUCAUUUUGAGAUUUGAAGAUAACUACUUUCCUACUUUCUACCACACUAGUUGGUAAUGUAUUCCCUAUGUCUUUUGGUUAUUUGUGUGAAACUUCUUGAAGGAACAAUAGAAACAUACAAAUGAUUAACUAAUGUGGCACUUAAGUUGUGCACACCAUCCUCCACUGCUGAUUUAAGCAUUUUCUCCUCAUUCCCAGCACUUAAAAUGUAACAAAAAGUUGCUGUUAAUCUUCUUUACUGUGGAGUAUAUUCAGCUAUGGCUACCUCAUCUAUGUCUAUGCCUUGUGCCUACUAGAGAUGCAUAUAAUGCCCACAAACAGUAAUGAAACAAUGGUGGUAGCAAGUAAAGAAAAAAAAAAUGUCUAUUCUGGACUGCGUAGUCAUAUAAUGUGACACACUUAGAAAAAAUGAGAUUCAGCAAAUGCAGUCUGUUAGAUUUGACAAGCUCUCUGACUAAAAUAUGUCCUGUAGUGUGAGAAUGCCACUCCUUUAAAUAAAUUCUUACUCAACAAAGUACAUUAGUCAAUUACCUGGUUCUGUUCCUCUACACUCUAUCAUAUGUGCACUCUGAUUGAAAGUCCAACUUUGGUUUUUUACAAACAGACAUUCUGCAUACACAAAAAAGUAGUGGGCAUUUGGACAAUAUAUUAUGGCAAAAGGCUGAAUUGUAUCUCCUUCACAUUAACAUUUGAACUUUUCAGAAAGUCUAUUUUUUGUCUGUUUAUGUUAAUGCCAUUAAAAAAACACAUACUUUCUGGAACAAUGGUGGGCAAUGU